AUGGAGACAACACUACAUGGUCUGAAGCAUACUGUCGAGAAGAAACUGCACUGGUUAGAAAGGUAUAAUUCAGAGCCAGUCGUGGUUUCCUUACAACGGGACUACAGGAGUUGGUGGACCACCUUCCCUGCUGUGACUGCUUGCUUCCUGGACAGGGUGCAGCCUGAUAAAGCGAGGGAGCUGGUCGAGGACACGUGGAACGUCACAGAAGAAUCAGACCCGGAGAAGUACCAGUACUACUAUGAGUUUAUAGAACUGAUAGCUGAUGUAUCAUUUCGGGAGAAUUUGCAGAACUUCUGGAAGUAUCAGACUGAUGACACUGUUAAAGGCAUUGAUCUGCUGGAUUUGGCGCUGACUGUCCAUCCUUCGUCUGUUCUACAGGUCAUCGUGUCUAAUAACGACCAUGAGGUGCACUGGAACCCAGUAAUGACAGAAGUGGGAAUGUGUUUGACUUUCAACUCUAUGUACGCUGAAUUUCAGCACAUGUUGCAAGAAGUUGAUUGGACUCCCUUCGAUUUAUUGCAGUGUCAUUAUCACAGUGGACGGUGUUCAGUUAGAAUAGACUCUAUGAACAAUGCUGUAAGAUAUUUCAUCCAUUCCCCUUAUGAAAUAUCGACCGCAAUAUCCAAUCCGACCGGUGAAGUGUUACCUGGAGAGGAACUGAUCAUUGAUUAUAAGGUGGUGGAAAUCCAGGCUUCUCCGAGUGUGAAGACCUUACGACCUGAACAGAGAAGAUGCAAGUAUCCAGACGAAUGGAUCAGCGAUUCUAUAAGAGCAUACAGUUUUUCUCUAUGUCAGAUGCACUGCCGCAGUCGUAUGGCUGUCAUGUUCUGUGGAUGUAGACCCUACUUCCACGUCAAGGGAGGUGAGCAUUACUUCGCUUUUUGA